CAUGACAACACAGAAAAGAUUUAGCUGUACUACAGCUUGCAGAUAGAUUAGUGCUACCAGAUUUUCAGUUGGAGGAAACGACCUCUGUCGGGAUAUCAACGGAAGUUGUCGUUACUGUAAUCUUAUCUCAUGUCGAAUCUUCAACAACAGAUAGAGGAUGUACCAGGAAAUUGUGAGAGCAGACUUUCGCUGGAGGAUGCUGGAGAUGACAGCGUCACAGGGGAGGGUGUAAAGAAGUCUUCCACCUCAAACCCAGACCUUUCAUCUCUACCCAGUCCUACUCACAAAGAUAGGGAUGAAGACUUGAGAUAUUCCUGGUGGAAGACCAUAAGGAAUUGUUUGUGUCCAUGGGCUGUACGUCGUGAAAAAUCACACCCCAAAAAGUUUUUCAGCUGUUGGAAGUUUAGAGAUGAAAGACCUGACAAGUAUGGGCGCAUCCCGUGUUCUGUACCGUUGGAGACUUCACUACCAGUGUACAUCCCUCCGGCACAACCCGUGGUGCCAAACCCGCAGAUACCUCCCCAAAUCCCUCCCCAGGAAUGAUGACAGCCGCAUAUAACACUUGUGACUCGUCGAGAUUGCUUCAGAUUUGUAACUGUUGUUAUAAAUAACAUAGUAACCUAUUUUCGUACAAUAUUGUCCGUGGUAUCUUGAAUAAAAUUUGUUUUAAUGAA